GCCGGCGACUCGGCGUCCAAGUUGCAGACGGCCACCGCGGCGGCGAUGGCCGCGGCCGGUACUACCGCGACCGCGGUGCCGGUCAAGAAGAGCCGGUUCAGGGUGCAGCACGUGCAGAUCGACGACCAGCCGUCCGUGAUUGGUGGCGCGGCGUCGGCCAAGCGGUCGCCGAAACCGCCGCUGUCGUCGUCCAGCGGCAGCAGCGACACGGACAGCGAUCGGCUGCCGGCCGGUCUGCCGAUGAUCGAGAGCAACCUCAACGAGCUGACGAUGGUCGAGUCGCAGCUGAAGAAGCUGGAGCGUGAGCACGAGGCCAAGCACCAGCUGCUGACGCCCAAGAACGACGGCGCGGCCGAAAAGUCGUCGUCGACCGCCGACGACGGUGGCCACAAGCAGCCACACCAGCAGCAGCGGACCGUCGGCAGCGGCGGCGGUGGCGACGGUAAGAAAGACAAGUCGGCCGCCACCAAGGUGGGUUCCAGGGCCGCGGAAACGCAUUCCAAGCGGUUGGGCUGGCUGAAGGCGUUCCGACGCAAGUCGUCGGCCGACACGAGUUCGGACGCGACAGCCGCGGCCGCCGCCACUACCAGCGCGCCGGCGGCCAAGACCGCGAAAAACAAGCAGCAGGCGGCCGCGACCAAAUCGUCUGCCGCCGGUAGACAGUCUUCGUCGCCCAGGCAACAGCAGAAACAACGCGCCUCGUCGACAGCCGGCGCCGCCAGGCCGAGACAGCAGCAACAACAACAGCAACAACGAACGACACCGGGCAGUGAUGCGGCCACAAAUAGCAGUUCUACGGGAGGAGGAGGAGUUGGAGGUGGUGGUGGAGGCAGUGGUGCCUCCACUGUGACAAGUACACGCGGAUCGUCUCGCAGCCGUUCGUCUGAAGAGCCGCACAUUGGCAAGUACAAAUUGCUCAAAACCAUCGGCAAAGGCAAUUUUGCCAAAGUCAAACUAGCCAAACAUGUACCUACCGGGAAAGAGGUCGCGAUUAAAAUCAUUGAUAAAACUCAAUUAUUACCCGGAAGUUUACAAAAACUUUUUAGAGAAGUUAGAAUUAUGAAAAUGUUGGACCAUCCGAAUAUAGUUAAAUUAUUACAAGUUAUAGAAACUGAAAAAACAUUAUAUUUAGUUAUGGAAUACGCUAGUGGAGGUGAAGUAUUUGACUAUUUGGUAUUACAUGGGCGCAUGAGAGAAAAAGAAGCAAGAGCCAAAUUUAGACAAAUUGUUUCAGCAGUCCAAUACUGCCAUCAAAAAAGAAUCAUACACAGAGAUUUAAAGGCUGAAAACUUAUUACUGGAUAGUGAAAUGAACAUAAAAAUAGCAGAUUUUGGAUUUAGUAACGAGUUUACACCUGGUGGUAAACUUUAUACGUUUUGUGGUAGUCCUCCAUAUGCCGCACCUGAACUAUUCCAAGGAAAGCGUUAUGAUGGACCAGAAGUUGACGUUUGGUCAUUAGGAGUUAUUCUAUAUACUUUGGUUAGCGGUUCUCUGCCUUUUGAUGGUUCUACUCUAAGAGAGCUAAGGGAAAGAGUAUUGCGUGGCAAAUAUAGAAUACCAUUUUACAUGUCAACAGAUUGUGAAAAUUUAUUGAAAAAAUUCCUUGUUUUAAAUCCUCUUAAAAGAGCAUCAUUAGAGGUAAUUAUGAAAGAUAAAUGGAUGAACUUGGGUUGCGAAGAUGAUGAACUAAAACCUUAUGUAGAACCAGAACCAGAUUUCAAAGAACCGAAACGAAUAGUCUGUCGAGUUACAGAAACAUUAGUUGGAAUGGGUUAUAGUCGUGCAGAAAUAGAAGAGAGUUUAUCUCAAGCUAAAUAUGAUGACAUAUUUGCUACUUAUCUUUUACUAGGAAGAAAAUCUAAUGAUCCUGAAAGUGAUGGUUCUCGAUCUGGUAGUUCAUUAUCUUUAAGAGGAAUUACUGGACCAAAUCCUGGUGUAAAUAACGCCAACAAUGUAGCAGCCGUGAACAAUACUAAUCAAUCACCAUCACAUCGAGGUGUACAUAGGUCAAUAUCUGCUACCAAUUCCAAACCUAGUAGAAGGGCUUCAUCUGGUGGUGAGACUUCUGCUUUGACCACAAAUCAUCCAAAUUCUAGCAAUGUUCCUGCUACCAAUAAUACGUCAAACAAUCAACAAACAACCCAUAAUUCUACAAAUAAAACAAGUACCACCAAUUCAACCAAUCACAACCACAAUGUGGCCAUUCCAAGUACUAAUUUCAAGCGUCAAAAUACUAUUGACGCUGCUAGCAUCAAAGAAAAUACAGCUCGAUUAAAUUCUAGACCUGAAAAUAUGAUAGGACCCAAACAACGGUCAAUGGCUCCAGGAGGGUCAGUGGGUAGAAGGAGUACAAUCAGUUAUGACGCUAAAGCAGCAGUAUCAACUCCUCCCGUAAUGGAUCCAGCAAGUGCGUUGGCUGUACCUAAUUCUGGUUCUGGAUGUGGAGAUACACGAUCCAAAGGUCACGUCAAAUCUGCCUCUGUGUCUAGUGCCACAGAACACGCCACAGAACCUCCUGCCCACCCGAGGGGUGUUACUGUAUCACCUGCGUCACCAGCAGUCAAUAGCCGACAGCCAUUCCCGAGGAAUGUGCCUAGUCGUCAGACCUUCCAUUCAGGUCAAAACAGACAUAGAGGUUAUACUGGCGUUGGACCUACUAACAACACUGGAAGUCCACAUGAUCCAUCUGUGCAAAGGCCAUCAUUCUUUUCAAAAAUAUCAUCCAAGUUUGUUAAACGGCCAAUGGAUCAAAAUCUGCCCAAAAAUAAUAUUGUUAGUAAUACAGUGAAUGACGAUCAAAUGAAACCCAGAUCGUUGAGAUUUACAUGGAGUAUGAAAACGACGUCUACAAGAGAUCCAAACGAGAUUAUGGCUGAAAUAAGAGAGGUGCUGGACGCCAACAAUUGCGAUUACGAGCAGCGCGAGCGCUUCCUGUUGCUGUGCGUUCACGGCGACCCGAACACCGACUCGCUGGUCCAGUGGGAGAUCGAGGUGUGCAAGCUGCCAAGGCUAUCGCUGAACGGCGUCCGGUUUAAACGCAUUUCGGGCACGUCCAUCGGGUUCAAGAACAUUGCGUCAAAAAUAGCCAACGAUCUAAAGCUCUGACUACACACCGAAAACCUGCCGUCCGUCGACGAAUAGGUUUUUUGGUUUCUCCGUACGAAAAAAAAUUAAUUAUUACACACAUCCACACAUCGACCCGCAACACCCGCGCAUGCGUGCGCACAGGCACACGCGGACCGGACGAGAACGAGAGCAGUGCCGCGUACACCAUCGAAUAACGAUAAUAACAAUGAUAUGAUUUUGUAUUAUUACUACUAUUAGUUUUAUUAUUAUUAUUAUUAUUAUUAUUAUUAUGCCUCAAAUAUUUUAUAAUACAUUAUUAUAAUAUUUUUGUUUACAACCGACAACGAACGCGCGUCGACUGCUACGACCAGCCAUGACCCGGUAUAGUCGCAUCAUACAAAUACGUACACAUUAAUAUACUCACCAAUCUCUAUUCCCUUAUAAAUAUUUAAAAAGCAAAACCUUUUUCAAAUAUUUUCAGACAAAACGGCGGUUGAAUGUCUCUCGCUCACCGCCAACCGUUGUUCGAGACAGACACAGCGUGUGUGUUCCGGUAAAUCGAUUUUAUAAUAAAAAAAAAAAAAAAAAAAUGUUUUUUCAAUGAUUUUGUUUUCGUUAUAUGAUUUUUA